UUCUUCAGUGGAAGGAAUUUCACGCGAACGUACGCAUGUUGUCCGGGUUGAUCAUCGACUCUUCAUCGUCCGACGCUCUUUCCGAAGGUCGGCCCGAACGUCUGAAGGAGCCGACGGUUGAGAACAGUCAAAACAGAAAGCAAUCGACUAUCCUGUUUAACAUUCCUCAUCUUACCUCCUGACUUUGUCGAGCCUGAACCUGAUCACUCUCCCAUACGCAUCACAAUGACCGUAUCUCCCACCUAUCCCAACCAAGAAGAUCGUCUACUCCCUGUCCAGAACCGUACAGAGUCGUUCUGGCUUUCUGAACGCGACCCACUUCUGCAGAAUGCCCACACUACACCUGAGCUCCCAAGGUCUGCCGACGUUGUCAUCGUUGGAAGUGGCCUCACUGGAGCCAUGAUGAGCUAUCAUGUGUACGAAAAUGCCCGAAAAGCUGGGAGGGACAUCAAGAUCGUUAUGCUUGAGGCAGACGAAUUUUGUGGUGGGGCUACAGCGAGGAACGGCGGUCACUGUAAGCCUAUGACUAUUUUCGGCUACCGCGCAGAGGCAGCAAAACAUGGACCGAAAAUCGCAAACCAGCUUCUCACAUUUGAAGCCGCUGCUCUUCAACAGUACGCUGCGAUCGUCAAGAAGGAAGAUAUUGAUUGUGACAUGCACGUCACCAGAGCUUUUGACGUUUGCUUCAGGAAGGAAGACGCUGAGGCAGGCAAGAAGGAUUACGAGGCGAGAAAGGCUGCUUGGGGUGAGGAUAUGGCCAAACACGACUUGAGAGUGGUAGAAGAUCCUAAAGAACUUGAGGCGCUUACAGGUGUGCGAGGAGGGUAUUGGGGCGCGAGCUACCCUGCCGGUCACCUCUGGCCUUACAAACUUGCUUCUGCUUUAACACACAUUGGCCUAAGCCGUGGUCUCAACUUUCAAACCCAUACGCCCGCUCUAUCUCUUGAACGAUCCCCCUCCCAACCCAGUCAAUGGGUGGUCACCACCCCCCGCGGAUCUAUCACGACCACUUCUGUCGUGGUAGCCACCAACGCCUAUACUUCUGGCUUCCUUCCCGAAUUCAAAUCUCUCAUCUUCCCUGUCCGUGGUACCGCAUGCUCCAUUACCCCCGCUCCUUCCCACUCCCACGGGUCUAUUCCGGGACCUAUCAAAUACACCUUUGGCUUCCGACAUGGCCCUGGGGAGGUAGACUAUAUGAUCCCCCGACAGGGUAGGGGUAGGAUUCCUGGUAGCGGAGAUAGGAGUCUCAUUCUUGGCGGAGCCAAGGGUUGCUUCUUGAGCAAUAUAGAUCAGUGGUAUGAUAAUAAGAACGAUAAUGAGCACAUGCCUGGAGCUCAAAAGUACUUUGAAGGCUUUAUGAAAAAGUACUUUGUGGGUUGGAAUGGUAAUAAGCACGGUAACGUUGAUAGAGUCUGGUCUGGAAUCUUGGGCUACUCAAGCGAUCUUCUUCCCUAUGUCGGUGAAGUCCCUAACAAGCCAGGAGUCUUUAUUUGUGCCGGGUUCACAGGACAUGGUAUGCCUCGUAUACCUGGUUGCACCGCCGCUCUCUCCUCUCUGGCUUUCUCUUACCUUUCGAACGGCACCACGACACCUGACGCUAACAAGGCCUUCCAAGAUGCUCUUCCCCAACCAUAUUGGUUGACCAAGGAAAGAUUUGAGUCCAAGAUAAACUUGAUUAAGGCAGCUAUGGGUCAAAGGGAUAAGGCAAAAUUGGAUACCACCAAUCAGGCCGACGAAGCGAUUCUGGCGGCGAAGAUGGGGGACGCAAAGUUGUAAAGAAUUUAGUACUAGAGAUAAUACAGUUAUAUGCGUAGACUCUUCUCAGGCACUUUCGUUUAGUUGUAAGAUUGUAGGUUCUUUCCAGUUAUCAUGUAAACCUUCCUCGUCGU